UAAUUCUGUACCGGCUGACCUCCGCGUUUACUACAUUACUACCCCGCAUACAUACAAAACAAACAUUUGCUUCUUCUUCACUUGUGAUUAUCAUCUUCUCCCACCUUUUGAUACAAUAAAAGAUGCUUCUAAGGCGACUGGCCUGUAACGGUAGCCUACAACGGCAAGGGCUGAAAGGUACUGUCAAUCAAUCAAGAUGUUUCACAACCUCUAAUCGGACUUAUAGCCCAUUAAGCGUUCUUCCAAACAACGUAGACGUCAAUUCAGAUGCAUACAAGAGCAAUUAUGCUUCAAUGUCAUCCUUAGUGAGCGAGAUGGACUCAUUGCAUGGCAGGAUUGCGCUAGGAGGACCAGAAAAGGCAAGACAGAGACAUAUCAAACGUGGGAAGAUGUUGGCAAGAGAUCGGAUUGGUGCUCUGUUGGAUCCUGGAAGUCCUUUCUUGGAAUUUAGCUCACUUGCAGGUUGGGAUAUGUAUGGCGCACCUGAUGAAGUACCAGGCGGUGGUGUGAUCACUGGUAUUGGAACAGUUUCGGGAACGCAAACGUUGAUCUUAGCCAAUGAUCCAACCGUAAAGGGUGGUUCAUACUAUCCUAUCACUGUCAAAAAGCAUUUACGUGCACAACAAAUUGCUCGAGAAAAUAGACUUCCAUGUGUUUAUCUGGUAGAGUCAGGUGGUGCUGCUUUACCCCAUCAAGCAGAUGUCUUCCCUGACGCACAUCAUUUCGGACGCAUCUUUGCGGAAAUGGCACAAAUGUCAGCUUUGGGUAUCCCGCAAAUUUCAGUCGUUCAUGGAAUCAGCGUCGCUGGAGGUGCAUAUGUUCCUGCAAUGGCAGAUGAAAAUAUCAUCGUUCGCAAUCAAGGAACAAUCUUCUUGGCAGGACCACCUCUUGUCAAAGCAGCACUAGGAGAAGAUGUCGAUGAUGAAACGUUGGGAGGAGGUGAAAUGCAUUGUUCGCAAAGUGGUGUAACUGAUCAUUUGGCUAUCGAUGAUGCACAUGCUAUCGCUUUGGCAAGAGAAGCGGUUGCUAAUCUUGGACGUGCUGGUGGAAGCGUACCUUCUGCUACCACUCUUUCUCCCGCCAACACCUCAACAGCACCUUACGAAGCACCGCUCUACGAUCCUUCUGAACUGCACGGAAUCGUACCCACCAACCUUCGUCAACCAUUCGACAUGCGUGAUGUGAUUGCUCGUCUUGUCGAUGGAUCUCGAUUCCAUGAAUUCAAGAAGCUUUACGGUCCCACUUUGGUCACUGGCUUUGCAAGUAUUGCUGGACAACCAGUUGGUAUUAUUGGAAAUAAUGGUGUUCUAUUCUCUUCAUCAGCACAAAAAGCAACCAGCUUUAUUCAAUUGUGCAACCAACGACAAAUCCCGUUGGUCUUCCUCGUAAACGUGACCGGAUACAUGGUUGGUACAAAAGCCGAACAAGCAGGAAUCGCAAAAGAUGGUGCAAAGAUGGUCAGAGCGGUAGCAUGUGCAGAUGUACCAAAGAUGACUGUCGUGAUCGGAGGAAGUUACGGUGCAGGAAAUUACGGAAUGAACGGUCGUGCAUACGGACCACGUUUCUUGUUCAUGUGGCCAACAGCGCGUGUCGGUGUGAUGGGAGGAGAUCAAUUGGCAAGCGUAAUGAGCACCGUUUCUUCUGAUCAAAAGCGAAUUGCAGGUUUACGUGAUCAAAUCGAAGCACAAAGUACACCACAAUAUGCUUCUGCAAGACUUUGGGAUGAUGGUAUCAUCCGGCCGACUGAUACUCGUGGAACACUUGCUUUAGCUUUGAGUGUUGCCAAUCAAGGUCGUCAAAGAAGCGCUCUUAGAAACGGAAGCGGAAAUUCUCAUGGUCAUACUGCUUGGGACGGUAAUGGACAUGCUGGAGGAGUAUAUAGGAUGUAAAGAUCGCAUAAAUGAAAAUAAUAUGAAAGGCUCCCGAAAAAUGACUAGAAUACAAAAGUGUUCCCGCUCCGCUUUACCACAUAACCCGGAAUCUUUUAAGUUUAAAUAUCCAAUAUAAUCGACCUGCGAUGAUUCCGCCAACAUGGCCAGCUGAAUCGACAAACGUAUUCUUGUCCCACAAAGUCUUGUGUGGCUCUGUGCCGAACAUACCCCAGAGAUCGUAAAGGAGUAAAGCCGGUAUUAAUAGCCGUGCCUGAACUGGAAGAAUGAAAUAGAACAAAAACGUUGCUCUUGGUUUGAUGCUGCUGAAACAGGUCACAAUAGCAAUAAUUGAUCCACUCGCACCAAGACUGAAUUGUGGCUUUUUCUGUUGUCCUUCUUUUGGUCUACUAGCAUCAUGACCUAAGAAAUCCGAAAAGAGUGAAAGACUUGAGGAAGCUAGACCGGCUGCAAAGUAAAAGAAUAAAAAUGAACGACCUCCUACUAAAUUU